GGCUCCGGACUCCAGCCCUUCCCCUGGAUCCACGUGGAAGACCUGGCUGGGAUUUUGCUGCACGCGCUGGAGGGGGGGGGGAGGUUGGGAGGGGUGGAAGGGGUGCUGAACGGCGUUGCCCCAUCUUGCUGCACCCAGGGGGAGUUUGCGGAGGCACUGGCGGGGAGCCUGGGGCGUGGAGCCCAGCUGCGGGUGCCGGCUGCAUUGGUGCAGGCUGCACUGUGGCCAGAGCGGGCAUUGUUGGUGCUGCAGGACCAGUGGGUGGAACCUCGCCGUACACUGGACAGCGGCUACCGGUACCGAUUCCCCUGGCCACAGGCGGCCAUCGACAACCUCCUCCACUGACCCCCAGGCUCACGGGUCAGGGGUCAACCUCUCCUCUACUGACCCCCAGCCUGGGGUCAGAACCAGCCUGCACCACCUCUGCAGUGAACUCUGGAAUGGGGUCACAGUGUGGGGUCGGGGGUCAGAG